AUGGUUCUAAAUUCAAGAGACGCAUAGAUCAAAAUUGAUAAGAUGGCAGACAUCCGCGAAUCGAAAAAAAAUCCGGAUAUUCGAAAGAUCAUAUAACAAAAUACAAGAGAGAAUGUUAUAUCUUGGACUCAGUAUAGUUACAUAUUUUUCAGAUUCAUGAUCAUUUUGUAGUAUUUGGAACGAAUUGACAGAUCGGCCUUCUCUUUGUCUGAGAGACAGACGUCUUGCGUAUUGUCAAAAUGACAUCAACAUGAUAAUUCAAUACAGAGAAAAGGAUUAAUUUUGCGUUAAAUUCAGUUAUGUUAACCCAUUCGGUCAAUGUAUUCAGUUAAGAAAUACAAAGUAUUUCAGUCUCUAUUUUCAGAAAACAAUUCACCAUUGUUUCAUUUGGUAGUAGUUUAAUACACCUCCCCGAGUUGGCCAAUGUUUGCAGUCGAUAAACCUAAAUUCUGUGCAUGCCUCAUUUCGGGAAAAUGUAAUUUUGUCAGAUGCAUAGAGCUGAUACUUUCUGCAUUUUGCUUGACUUUCGCCAUCCUGCUUUAUUCGACUCCUCUACAUAUGGUGACAAAAAUUAUUUUGUUGGCAGUAUCUUCAGCUUUUUGGCUCAUAACUUUUUUCGAUGUGGUGUCAUGGUGGAUAUGGCAUCGCAUAGGACCCAAAACGUGGAUAAUGUUUGCCAUUACAGCUUUUUUCACGUAUUGGCUCUGCGGGGGAUUUUUAUUGUUUCUUAGGGGAAAAGGAAAUAACUGGCUGGCAAUCAUGGAAUGUGUACUCACCGUCAUAACUGGAUUCAUUUAUUUAUUUGAUUACAUCUGGGUAACAAUGACAGCGUGGGACUCAUCUACAAAGAUAGGCCCAACUGGCACAUUCAUAGACAAAUCUGUAUCAUCAUGUUUCCUUUUCGAAGUAAACGAGUACGAAUGCCCAAUUUUGAAGACUAGAGCGAGAAGAUACCCGACUACAGUAAAGGCGCUUAAAAACCCUUCAAUGUCGCAUGGAGGAACAUUCCACGUCUCAAAAGAGUUCGCGCCAUUGUCAAGUGCCUCUAAAGAUCCCUGUCACUGCCCGAAAAAGAGCUCCAGGUCAACGUCAACGUCACCUGGCAGGCGGAAAAAUGAAGAACAUUCGCACAAUUGCCAUCGAAGUAGAUCGCCUGAAAGUGAAGAAAAAAGUACGAAAAACUGCAAAAAAAACGCAAUGAACUAAUAAUGCGCACUUGGAAUUAUCCAAAUCUAUAAUGUGUACAGUGAGAAAAAUUAAAGGACCAAUGUAUCUGAA